AUGGAAUCGGUAACGAGCUUGCUAGGGAAUAUCCUAUCACUAGAUGACGAAACUAAAGCUAGCAACAGCAACAGCAAUGGCCACGCAAGACUGAACGUGUCACAAUCGACUCCAGGUACUUCGCCACUGACCCCGCAUCGAAAACGUCGGUCAUUGGAUUUGGAUUUCAGUUCAUUUUGGAAACAAGACAAAGAGGGUAGCGAUGACGGCGAUAGUCUAACAACAUCGAAAGCUAAAGCCAACGCUACAUCAUCCACGACAGGCACCAAUGCAACUAGCUCCUCUGGUACUGGGGGUGCUACGACAUCAGAUACUUCUCGAGCAACAACGACUACAUCUGCCGCUGGUGCUGCUGCGAGCACGGCUUCGGCAGCUGCCGCAAGCACUGCCAAUGUUUCUUCCGCCACCAGUCAGAAUUACUACGCUGACAAGUUGAUGGAGAAAGCCAUCUCCAUGAUCAUCCCCAAUGAAAUCUACGAUGAUCAAACCAACAAGAUGUUGCAGGAUCGUCAAAUGAUGGCGAAAUUGCGACCACCAUUGAGUUUUGCACUAAUGCAGAAAAACUCAAACAAUUUACAUCAACGUAAUUCCGACAUUUACAUCUUCUUUAAUCAUGUGUUGAAAUACGUCAAUUGGAUGGAUCCGUAUUAUACUAUUGGAAUCACCUUGAUCAUAACCCACAUGAUUUUGAAACCAGUUUUGUUUUUGUGUUUGCCUUGGUUCUUGGUAGUUGUGAAUACGCUAAUCCCCCAUUACUUGAUGAUUUACCCACAGGAUCCUACUUUCAAUAACGAGUAUUUGGAGCAGAACCCCAAGCCACUGGAUCAAGCUUUGGAGUUGGCCAAAGUGCCCAAACCAGUUGGUCUUUUCAGCAAGGAGUUUUUCAUGAAUUUAACCGAUACGCAGAAUUUCAUGACUUUACAGAGUCGUGUGUUUGAUUUCCAAACUUGGUUGUUUGCCGAUUACUUGUAUUUUAAAGAUGAACAAAUUAGCUCGGUUAUUGUGUUGGGGUGUUUGGUGGUGAUUGGUGCCCAUUUACUUUGGUUUCAUCUGAUUGUAAUGUUUGUGAUGAAUCAUAUUUGGGUGGUGAAGAUAUUGUGGGUUAUUAUGCUUUGGGUAUUUAUUAUACUAAUGCAUCCCAAUCAACGGUGUAAGAUAUUGUCUUGGAUAUAUGAAGAAGACACUCGAUUGGAUAUCCAGAAUAGAGUUAAUAAGAUUGAAGAUACCUUGACUUCGGUCUUGGUUGAUGAGAAUUUGCAACUGGAUUUGCAGCGCAAUAAUAAUCAAGCUACAAACUAUGCGGUGGCGAAACUAGUUGAAGUUUAUGAGUUGCAGAAAUUGAAUCAAGAGACCAAGAUUUGGGAGUUGGUGGGGUUCACUCGUGAGUGUUAUUCGAUAAAUGAUGGGGUACGGAAAUAUAAUCACAAGAUCAAACUACUCAAUCAAGAAAUUGCUCGUGCUCAGUACAAGUCAAGUGUGAUUGGUGGCAGUGCAAUUUUGGAUGAUUUGGAAAAUCACAAUGAUCUCAACUCACACCCACAUACCAGCAACGCUAUUAAUGUUGCGUCGACAAUUACUGAAACUGGGACGCCUCCUGCUGCAAUGGGCGCUGAGGGAGAGGUUACUGGGGGUAUUGGACAUGAACACGACUACAUCCAAGCAAUAACUUCCAAAAGUGAAUCAAUCUCGCAAGUCAAGCCUCCGCAGGGCUACAAAUAUGUCCCGCUGAGCAAAUGGACCAUUGAUUAUGACGUUGCAAGUUGGGUGCAGUCGAAUUUCAUUCAAGAUUUGGUCAUUGUUGAUGAUGAUGAGAAAUGGGCGUAUGACGUAACGAUACAAAACAUAACUAUUAGGAAAGCUGCUGCCACCAAUUUGGAAGAUGAUGGGAAUACAACUAGCGGGAAAUGGCAUGACAAGAAUGGAAAGGAUGACAACGAUGAUGAUGAUGAUAACGAUAAUGAUAAUGAUGAUGAUGAUGAUAAAGGUGUUGUUCAGGGAAAUGGAGUUCAGCAACAGCAUGAAGGUGAAGUUGAUGUAUUGGGUGAUUUAGAUGAUGGCGAGAUUUAUAGACGAAGAAGAUGGUUACGGUAUGUGGUGCGUGAAACUUAUAAAGAUAUCGACCGUCCACCGGUUCAACAAUCACAUCUAGCUUCAUGGGUGACAUAA